AUGCCCGACCACACCAUGCCUGCGGACUUUGUCAUGCGCUUGUGUAUUGACCCACGGGAUCCAGAGGGAGCUGCUAACAGACGCGUGGCCAUCAGUGAUGCCUGGGACAAGCAGUGGCCCAACGAUGCUUUGAUUGAUCGGGCAACUGACCUCACGAAGCGCUGCAGCGCGCAAAAAUAUCCUCCGCACUUCAACAUGGCCUUGGCUGAUAUGCCCUUUGACAUCCUCAUCGCAUUGAUUUGGAGCGCUACCAUGUUUUGGAUGGUCGGCUUCCGUGAUGACUUUGAGCACUUCUUCUAUUUCUUCUUGGGUGUUUAUGCGCUCACCUGCGUGGCCACCGGUAUUGGUUACUUGGGCGGCUAUGCUGCACCUGUGGCCGCCAUUGGCAUGUUGGUGGUGCUCUUGAACAUCAUGCCCCAAAUGCUCUUUGGAGGCCUUUUCAUGAACCUCGACGCAGUGCCGCCGGGCUUCGUGUGGUUGAAAACCAUCUCGGUCUUCCGCUUGGGCUUUGAGGCUUUGAUGAUCAACCAAUGGCAAGACUAUGGCGAAUUGCCUUGCGCAAACGGCACCAUUGCGAUCCCUUGCGUUGCCGCGAACGGUGAGCAGGUUCUACGGACCAAUGGCGUUGACCCAGCUGGUAGCUACGCCGAAACCCUCAUUUGGCUGUUGAUUCCUUGGUGCAUUUAUCAUCUCUUGGCUUUCGUGCUCCUGUGGCGAAGGGCCCGGCCUCGGCAAUUCGAAGGCGCUGCGCCGGAAGACGACACCAAAGGCGAGCUCCGGCGUCAAAGCGAGGCGGAGGCGCCCAAGCUGAACAUUCGACGACCAAAGAUCGCUUUGCAAUGGGAGAACUUAUCCAUGGAAGCUGACAACAAGAGCCUUGGAAGAACUGGUGAGCAAUGGAGAGAGCAGCAGCGGUUGAGCUCUUUCAAGUUUUUGCAGGCAAUCUCACACCAGUUGGAGGUGGUCACUUCAAAGCGUGUGAAUCUGGAAACGUUCAAGUGUCAUAGUGACCUGGCUCCAAUCAUGCAGCCUUUGACACCUUCUCAUGGCCGUCCUGAGGUCUUGAAUGAUCAGAUAUAUCUAGAUGGGCUCUACUAUAAUGUCAUUGAGUGGAGCAAUUGUCAGGGUUGCCUUAUUUUGACGAUGGAUCAAUCACCAUCUGAUAUGGUGGCGAGCGCCGGCGUUUGGCCUUUGCCACGGAACUUUUGA